UAGAAAGUCAGGGGAUAAUAGAAAAAACGGAGCCUUCUGGUUGGGACUUAAAUAAGGUGAUUAAACGCAAGCACUGUCUUAUACCUACUAUGGAUGAAAUUAGUAACAAAUUAAAAAACAAACAGUACUUUACCGUACUUGACCUUAAAGAUGGAUUUUAUUAUGUGGAAUUAGAGGAUGAGUCGAGUGACUUGUGUUCAUUUAGUACGCCGUUUGGGCAUUACAAAUUUAAAAGGCUACCGUUUGGUCUGAGUUUGGCACCGGAGUACUUUCAAAAUAUAAAUCAAAAUAUAUUUAGUGAUAUUGAGGGAGUCAUUGUCUACUUUGAUGACUUACUAAUAGCUGCUGACAGUUCAGAGACUCAUGAUAAAAUUCUGGGCGAAGUAAUAAAAAGGGCCAGGGACAAUAAUGUAAAGUUUAACAAGAACAAGGUUCAGUUUAGGGUUAACGAAGUUAAAUACUUGGGUUUGUUGUUCUCAAAUAAGGGAAUUUCGAUUGACGAAGAGCGUGGAAGGGCAACUAAAUUAAUAGAGGCGCCCAAGAAUAAAAAAGACCUCCAAAGAAUUCUGGGUAUGUUGAAUUUCUUUAGAGGUUUUGUCCCAAAUUUUGCACAAGCCACAGCUCAGCUUCGGAAAUUACUGAAAAAUGACAUUGAAUUUGUUUGGACUGGAGGUCAUGAAAAUUGUUUGAAUAAUGUAAAAAAUUUGCUGUGACGCUCCGGUUAUGAGAAAUUUUGAUGAAACACUUGAAAUUACAAUUCACUCUGAUGCGAGUAAGGACGGGUUGGGGUGUUGCUUGCUUCAGCAGGGUAAACCAGUCAGUUUUGCAUCGAGAUCACUAACUGAGUCAGAAAAGAAUUACGCACAGAUUGAAAAGGAGUUCCUUGCGAUUGCUUUUGCAUUUAAAAAAUUUCAUCUUUUUGUUUAUGGUAGAACUGUAACUGUGUUAACAGGUCACAAGCCGCUGGUAGCAAUAAUAACUAAAAGUAUUUUAAGUGUUGCAUUACCCAGACUACAACGUCUAAAAAUCAAACUUCUUAAAUAUGAUAUUAAAGUACAAUAUUUACCGGGAAAAUUUAUGUUUGUGGCGGAUACUCUGUCGAGAGCCUUUUUGAAAGAUAGUGUAUGUAGAUGAUGAUCCAGACAUGUUAGAAGUUAUUCAUACUAUUAGUGUAAAGAAUUACAUAAAUAUGACAGAGAAAAAACAAAUGUUUACGAAUGAAACAAAUGCUGAUCAAAUUCUUGCCACAGUAAAAAAGUAUUACAUGGAUGGUUAGCCUAUGAAAAAAUUUCAGGGUCAUAUGAAUACAUUCUUUAAUAUCAGACACGAAUUGCAUUUAGUUGAGAACUUGCUAUUUUAUAAGGAGAGGGUAGUUGUGCCUACUAGAUUACGCAAUGAUAUCUUAAAUGUGCUACAUGAAGAUCACUGUUUCAUAGUCAAGAUGAAAUCUAAGUCAAAAAGUUCAGUAUACUGGCCGGGACUAAAUAGCGAUAUUGAACAUUAUGUCAGAAAAUGUCAUAUCUGUGGAAGGUAUAGGCCUGCAAACAUCAAAGAGCCGUUAAUUAAUCAUAAAAUUCCAAACAAACCGUUUGUUAAAUUGGCAGCAGACAUUUGCAGUUAUGGCGCGAAAGAUUAUUUGGUAAUUAUUGAUUAUUUCUCAAAAUGGUUGGAAAUCCUACCAAUACACAGCAAAACAGCCACUGAGCUAAUAGAUAAAUUUAAAGUAGUAUUUGCCACGCACGUAAUCCCUUUGGAACUAAUAGCUGACAAUAUACCUUUUGGUUCGUAUAAGUUUAGAAAGUUUUUGGAAGAGUGGGGCUUUAAAGUAAAGACAAGUAGUCCUCGAUAUCCUAGGUCAAAUGGUCAAGCUGAAAGUGCGGUCAAAAUUGCGAAAUCGAUUUUAAAAAAGGGUUGUGAUUUACAAUUAACUUUGUUAAAUUAUCGCAAUACAGCUAUAAUAGGAAUUGGUUUAACACCUGCUCUGAUUUUGACCAAUUUAAAGCCGUCCUUGAAUGAACCCAGACAACAAAUAAAUGUAAUACCAGAUAGUGAUACAGAAUUAACUGAUUGCGACUCAAUACCAAAUUGUAACCUAAAUGAUAAGACUGAUGUAGACCCGAAUACCAGUUUAAGGAGAAGUGUAAGACAUCCGAAACUUCCAGCAAAAUUUAAAGACUUUGUAAUGACUUAAGGGUGUCGUAAUUAUUAUAAGUAGAGACAAAACAGUGAUUAUCUUAAAUAGGAUUGUAAGAAACUUAAAAGCUUUACCACGCAUUACAUAACUUAAAUAUCUACAAUAACGGUUCACAACUGCAUAAAAGUUCUAAGGACGUUUCAUGCAAUCUUUCACUUCACAUAUCGGAGCCUUUAUACAUAUAGCCUUUGAACAGGUUGACUUAUUGCAAAAUCCCAAAAAGGACUUACAAACUAUACUGAUAUUCAAAAUAAAUACCUUCAAAAUAAUGAUGGACAUUUGGCAUUUGAGUAGGCAGCUACACGUAAUUAUGUUAUACUCCGUAUCAACAAAUAUUCAAGUUGUUUGGGAAACAAACACCUAGAACUUUUAAUAUCGCCAUCUUUAUCAACUCAUAUCGUGGUUACCACACUAUUACUGUAAGAUAACAAACACCACGAUUGGUGGUGCCACAAUUUAUCAUCCAAAACACCUAUACAGGUUGGGUAAUUUCAUUUCGUACAAAAAUCUUUUUUUAUGUUUAGCCACUGUUUUGUUGUUGCUGAUUGCAUCAGAAAAGAGUGGAGAUUAAAAUUUCCACAUAAACUUUAUAAACAAUGCUACAAACUCUUAACUCCCCUCACUGUAGGUAACUAACCAAUGAAUCACAUGUCCCAAAAACAUUAAAAAGACAUUAAUUACUACGCCUUUUUCAGUUGAAGAUUGUAAAAAAAAUGCAAUAAUUUAAAAGACUGCUACAGAAAGGCAAAAGCUAAAAAGCGUAGUAAGAAAUGAAAUGCGUUUUCUUAUUCAAAAUCUGAAGGAAAGGCCUCAAAAUCAACCAUAGAUGUACCGAGUAAUGAUGCAAUUACUGACCCAAAUGAUAAUUUUUAAGGGGAAGUUGAUGUAUGUUCUGUCGGUAUUCCAGAUGCAUUUGACGACACACAGUUUUGUCACCUCGCUCAGAGAUACUAUUAACACCUCUAUUUGAAGAGUUGUUAAGAAAGCCCCUUUUAAAUACCGAAUUAAAAUCUGAAAAAGCGCAGAAAUAUUACAGAUUUUCUUAGAAAACAAGGAAAAACCUAAAAAGUGGAUUUAAAAGCAAUGAAAAAAUUAUAUUUCGAUACCAAUCCGGCUAAUACAAAAUCAACAAACUAACUAUUUCGUAACAACAGAUGCCGACAAAUUUGUAAAAUAAAAUUUAACAAAGACAUUCUUGCUGCAAAGUUAUCAAUUUUUCCUCUACCCUAAUAGCUGUCCAAAACGUCAUAAUAUAUCUUUUUUCGAAAUGUCCAACAUUUUCAACAAAUCAUAGAAUUUCUUUUAAUUUAAAAAUUUUAAUUCCUUCUAAUAGGUCUGGAACACACCAAAACUUAAUCUAGUUUAGUUUAGUUAGUCCGUAUAAAUUAUUCCACGAAAUUCCGCGCUAAUGAAAUUCAGAAAUUCCGUUCCGAUCUGUUCCAUUGCAUUCCAAUUCAUUCCGUUCCUGAAAACUGUUGCUUAUUAAAAAUGUAAAAUCUAAGUGAAUUUCACAGGUCAUUGCUUUUGGCGAUCUUCGGCAUAUUUAUGGCUAAAUGCCACAUGUAUUAAUGAUUUCUUUACGAAUUAGAUCAAAUUGUAAAUUUUUCUUUCCCUUUUCCAAAAAUUGCAAGAAUCAUAAAAUGCAGUAAAAUAAGUAAAUGAAAUGUAUUUACUUAAAUGAGACGCCCACGACAUUUGGGAGUAACGAUCUCUUUGUCGAUAUUGGUGACAUUGAGAGCACAAUUGCAAACCGUUCUGAAACAAAGAGGCUGUCUUUUACACCAGUGAUAAAACCACGAAGAGGUGAUAGAAGGAAGCAGAUUAAAGUUCGAUCAAUUGUACAUCUUAGGCCGGAUUAUAUAAGAUAAACUACCCCUAUUAAUUAAAAUAAUUGAUAUUAUUUCUCGUUGGAUACUAUUGU